AUGGGAUUUCGCUGGUACGGCGAUAAUAACGAUUCCAUCACCCUAUCAGAUAUUCGGCAGAUUCCUGGCGUUUCUCAAGUUGUUGGUACUCUGUUUGACAUACCAGCCGGCGAGGUUUGGCCGAAGGACCAAAUCAAACACCUAAAAGAUGAGGUCGAAGCAGCUGGCUUAAAGCUUGAAGUGAUUGAAUCUGUUAACAUUCACGAUGAUAUCAAAAUUGGUUAUUUGUUACAACUUCAUGCCUGUCUUCGAUUGGUUAGAACUGACUUACAUUAUCUUUUACCUGAUGGUUCAACGGCAAUGGCUUUUGAGCAAAAAUACCUUACCGAUGAUCCGCAAAGUAUUGCGGAUGCAAUGCAAAAAAAUUCAAACGGUUAUGUCCAAGCUGGAUGGGAACCUGAACGUAUGGCUGAGAUUAAACGUCUGAUGACAGCGUAUAAAGAUGUCGAUACUGAAAAAUUAACAGCCAAUCUAAAAUAUUUCUUAGAUGCAAUUAUUCCUGUUUGCGAAAAAUACGAUGUUCGAAUGGCUAUGCACCCUGACGACCCACCACGUGAAUUGUUUGGCUUACCAAGAAUAUAUAAGAAUCGAGAUGAUAUGCUUAAAAUUGAACAGCUACACGAAUCCCCAUACAAUGGAUUUACCAUUUGCUGUGGUAGUUUAGGUGAAAAUCCGCAAAAUGAUGUUCCGCAAUUAUUCGUGAAUUUGCAGCUAAAGAUCGUGUCUUCUUUAUUCAUGGACGAAACAUUAAAUUUAUAA